GUGGGAAGCGCCCUCGACUGAACGAGCAGGCGUAAACCUUUAACGCACACUCACCCUGUGUUUAUUUCAAGCUGAACCAUACGCUGAGUCGGUUGUGUGUGCGCUUGUUCGGCGGUCGCUUACUCCCGUGAAGUGUCACUUGGCCAAGAGAGAAGUUAAAAGCGGAAAGUUUUUCAAGGUACAAAUACGCACACGCAAGAAGAAAAGUGCACAAGAGUGUCGACGUGUGUGAGUGUUCUUAUUAAAAAUAAAUCCAUAAAAUAGAAAAGUGCCUUAGAAAAGUUUAUUCGGAAUAAAAGCACGUGCGCGCGCCCUAUUGGUUUGCAUGUAAACAAUGCCGAUAAACCGUUGUUGUUAAUACGAUUAAAAGACCGAUAGUAGUGUUUGUGAGUGUGCGCCAGUUGUGAAUGUGAUUGUAGAAAGUCGGUGAAAGAUAGUACAAGUGAUACAAGAACCCCCCCGGGACAAGCCGCUUGUGCCCGCCAACCAACUUCCCCCGGUCUAUUGAUAAGUGUUUGGGUGGUUUUGUGGAGAGUCGCCGAGUUCAUCUCGCCCAAGAGGCACACACCCGCACACGGACUCGCAGUCCCGUGACAACAAGUCAUCGAAUGAAUCAAUUGCACCACAACCAUCACAUCAUGAGCACGUACGGUGGCACGGUGGAAAACAGCGGCACCAACCAGCAGCAACAGCAGCAGCAGCAGCAGCAACAACAGCCAAACCAGCAACAGUCGACGCAAAGCAUCGCCGACUAUCUGGCCCAGCUGCUGAAGGACCGCAAACAGUUGGCCGCCUUCCCGAACGUGUUUCUGCACAUCGAGCGGCUGCUGGACGAGGAAAUCUCGAAGGUGCGCGCCUCCCUCUUCCACAUCAACGGCGUGACGAAGGAGCCGCUCCAGCUGCCCGACCCGGAAGGGGAAUCCGUCACGCUCAACGAGAAGGUGUACGUCCCGGUGAAGGAGUAUCCCGACUUUAACUUCGUCGGCCGCAUCCUGGGGCCGCGCGGCAUGACCGCCAAGCAGCUCGAGCAGGAGACGGGCUGCAAGAUCAUGGUGCGAGGGAAGGGCUCGAUGCGGGACAAGAAGAAGGAGGACGCGAACCGGGGCAAACCGAACUGGGAGCACCUGUCGGACGAUCUGCACGUGCUGAUCACGGUGGAGGACACGGAAAACCGGGCCACGAUCAAGCUGAAGCGCGCGCUCGACGAGGUGAAGAAGCUGCUCGUCCCGCACGCCGAGGGCGAGGACGAGCUGAAGAAGCGCCAGCUGAUGGAGCUGGCCAUCAUCAACGGCACGUACCGCGACUCGACCACCAAGGUCGCGCCCGCCGACAACACGUUCAGCUUCGACCCGCAACAGUACACGGACGACCGGUGGAAGAUGGCCGCGGCGGCGUCGGCCGCCGACCAGCGCAUGCUGACGCAGGCGUCGCUCGCGGCCGCGGCCAAUCUGGCCGCCGCCAACCAGAUGGCGGGCCGGACCGCCCCGAACCCGCUCGGUGCGCCGAUCAUCCUGUCGCCCCGCAUCUCCGUCCCGACGACGGCCGCGAGCCUGAUACCGGGGUCGGGUCCGCCGCCCACGAUCGACCACACGACCGGGCUGAUCUACGCCUCCCCCUACACGGACUACAGCUACGCGCUGGCGGCGGCCGGCAAUCCGCUGCUCACGGAGUACGCCGAUCACAGCUUCUCACGGCUCGGGUGCUACGCUGGACCCCGCCAGGGGCAGAUGAAAGUCUAAUGGAAAAACAGGCAGAAAAUUUUAAUACGAUUAAGAAAGCUAAUAGAGCGAAGAGAGUGGAAAACAAGAAAGAAAAAAACCAUCCCAGUUCACCUUCUUUUCACCGGUUUGACCAAAAACAAUAAGUUACUCUCUGACGCUCCAAAGCCCCAAUUGCCAUCUCCAACACUGCCACUGCCAUUCUCAAGCAACACAAAUGUGCUCUCGUGUACUAAAAUUGGAUUGGAAGAUCGAGUGUUAUGGAAUACACACACACGCACUGUGACAGAGCAGCAGCAGCACCACUCCACGCGUCACCAACUGAAGUCUCUUUCAAUGUUCCAGGUCCGGCAAUUCUGAAACGCAAACAACGAUCUCCUUACGAUUGCGCAACCGACGACCAACUCCACCACCAACACCUACGUUGAUCACCAUAUGUGGCCGGUGCUCCGUGGGGUCGUGGUUGGCUGUGGACCACCAUCAUCAACGCAUCCUUACCAACAGCAGCAGCAGCAGCAGCAGAAGCAGCAAGAGCAGCACCAGUACUAUGCGCAGUAUCACCAUCCGACCCAGUACAGCUUGCCAGCCCAGCAGCAGCUCUAUCAGCAUCCCAGCCCGUUCCAGUAUCAUCAGCAGCUAUUCCACCAGCGCUCCAACCCGUACCGCCAUACCCUGCACCAGCCCCACCGGCUCCGCUAGUGCUGUACUAAAAAGGCACGGAGAAGGCAUCACACCACGGUUCGCGCGUACAAGUGUUAAACACGCGUCAAUGCGACUCGGGUUUUUUCGACGCAUCACCGGAAAGAAAAGUAUGUGUGUGUGUGAGCCAGUGCAAAUACCAACAUACCAUACCAUCCCCCAUCCACGUACGGGCCGGAAAUCGGAUCGAUGGCAAAGCGACGAUCGUCAGCAGCAGAGCGCUUCAUAGAUGUGCGGGUGAUGGAGUGUGUUGGCGUGACUUUUUUCCAUCUUUUUGGACACACAAAUCUGCCCCGGGUGUGGUGUGACUUCAUACAUGUGUGACUGUCCAGUUUUCUCAGUUCUUCUUUGGGGGCUCUUUUCUGUUAAAUUUGUUUUGUGCCGUGCUUGUAAUAGCCGUUGAGGUUUAUGUGUUAUUUAUUCAUGCGUUACGGAAGUGGAGUGAAGGUGCGAUGAGUGUAUAUUGCGCGGUGUGUGUGUGUGUGCAGUGUGUUCGUCCGUCCGUGGUCAUCGUCGAUCGAGGUGAACAGUCCCUGCCUGGUGUGUGUGUGUGUGUCGGUGUAUGUUUGCGGGGACACUUUUUUGCCUGUUUCCCUUUCGUCAUCCACCACAUGGUCAGUAACAAUCACCCAUCUCUUCUCCAAGUGUGACCCACCAUCACCAUCAUCACCACCAACCCAGUGUGUUCAAGGGUUUUGUGUGACAACCGGCAGGUUGUGCGGCACAGAUAUUUUGUAAAUACUCACGUCCGUCCGGCUGGUCGACGGAGAGCGAGCCGAUGCCAUGCGCGUGAACCGCGUUUGCGGGCUGUCCGGUGGCACGAUGUAGGCAUUGUGUGUAGUUCAUUAGUAAAUUAUCAUAAAAAUCCAUGCCAAUAAUCAUCCGGCCGGGCAGCCGGCAGUGGAGAAGUGCGUAGAUGACCGGCGGGUGAACUGCUGCUGAUGAGAGGAGGCUACUGUACUUUCAACUAGGUCCGCGAGCAUCACACCGUGGCUUAUGAACGCGAAAUGGCGCAAGUGUUCCACGAUCAUUGCUGCUUCCCUUCAGGAUGACAUCAUCUGGGCGUCCAUGUACCAGGCACGAACACAGCACAACAAUAAGAGAAAACUCAGCAAGACAAGUAAAAAAAAGAGCGCGACAAACACACCGAUAGAGCCUGGACCAACCACCAGCAGCGAGAGCGACCAGCGGAAUAGCGGCACACAACAGCGGGACUCGCGGGAGCUUAUGAUGUCAGUCCGUCCAACAUUUUCGGCGCAUGGUGUGUGCGUAUAUUGCGUAUGACUCGGACGAUGGUGGCGGCAGUGAAAGUAAUCAAGUUGGUACGACCGACGUGGGGUGCAUCAUCAUCAUGUGGUCCCACCAAUCGAUUGGUGGCAAUUUUGAGGAGGAGAUCGUUGUUUUAAGACAAAGAUUCUUGAUUAAGGUCUUUUAUAGUUGUUAUGGUUUAAAAAAAAACAUACACACAUAGUUAGUCAAGCUAAAGAGUUUUAGGCAGAGACUAAAGAUUCUCAUCUCGAAAAUACUGCUUGGUCUAAUGCAAUAUUCCUUUAAGUCUCCCUUCUUCCUUCUCUCGAUCAAAGCGUACAACAAGCACAGUUUAUGUAUUUAUUCGGCUUUUUUCGCAACUACUGCGAUGGGCCCCAUUCGCGUGACUUUAAAUCAAAUGCAGAUGUGCAGAACAUUCCAAUAACUACCGUUAUAAGCCGAGAAAGCCGACCAACAGGGCAGGAGUUAACGGGAAGGGGGAGGGUACUUGGGUAACAGGGGACAACAAAAUCACGUGCAUGAGGGAAUAGAUAGAUAGUAGCGCGGGGGGAAAUGCUUUGAAAGCACAUAUGAGGUCACAUAAUGCAGCAGCAGCAUGUGCGUGUAAGGGGAGGUUCUCGUUAAGUAGGAACGAACCACACAGUGCGUGACAAACGAGAGAGAGAUAGAGAGAGACAGAGAAAGAGAGAGGGAGAGAGAGAGAGAGAGAGAGAGAGAGAGAGAGAGAGAGAGAGUAAUGUGUGUGUGUCCACGUGUCCAGUACUUCAAGAAAGUAAAGGGAAAUACAAGGGGAAAGGUCCCCGAAAUCUGAAGACAGUGUGCGUGUACGUGUAGGGACCCCAAAGGGUGCAUCGUCAUCAGCUCGUUGCAUCUCAGUUGCACAUGCGCCACGUGCACGUGAAAGGAAAGAGAAAUUUGCCUUCCGGCAAACUCGAAAUUAGGUGAGGUGCGCUUUUUU